GCCAGCCAGCCAGCCAGCGAGCAACGACGACGACGACGAAUGGGGACGGUCGCGGUCAGAGCCAAAAGGCAUCAGCAAAAAUCAUCCACCAUUUGUUGGGGAGGAAAAAACUUCGAUGUUCAAUAAUUUUCUUCUCUCACUUCUCUGAAACGCAUCAAACCAAAACGCAUCGAAAUCUACUUAAAACGCCCGGGAACGGAUUAAGCUACCGAACGAAACCUGCAUCGAGUCGAAGUUUAGGCUGAAAAUUGUUGAAUAUAUUGUGUGCAUUUGCUCUGUGUGUCCUGUGUCUCUCGCAAAGUGUAACAACAAGUUUUUUAGUUUUCAAAAACCGUUUGUGUGUCGUGUAAAUAAGAAUCGAAAAUCGGUAAACUUUGUCCUUUGCGGUGUGCGGGACGAUAAAAAAAGGAUACGCGAAAAAGGGUACAAAGUUGAUCGCAGGAUAGAAGAAAUUGCAAGCCUUCCGGGAAAAGAAUCGCAUCGAAGAAAAACCACCGCCUGAAAGCAUAAGAAAAAGUCUGGGUUUUCCAGUGCACAAAUGCUGUAAAAAAGGGAAUAAGCAACAAGAAUGCCUGAUGAUAAUGCAACAGCGAACAUAAAACAAGCAUAUUAUAUCCGAAAACGAUAAACGGAAACGAGAAGUGGAAAAUCCAAGGAAACCAAUUUCCUCCCUCACAAUACGAACGAAGCAAGCAUGGAGAAACGGGUGUGAUGCGAAAUUGAUUUGUGAUUCGAAGAAAGAAGAAACAAAGGAAAAAUCAAGUUAGGAGGGAUCAGCUCCAGUUUCAGGACCAGAGUCUCAGCCCCCGGGGAGUGCAAGUUGGGAAAAAAAACCACCACAUAUUCGUCCUUAAACAAACAUCGAAUUUUUACGCAGAAACAAAAAACGAAAAAUAAAUCAAGGAAAAUACCAUACACAUACGCACGCAGCAAGAAGGUGGGAUCAAAAUUGCCGAAGUCUUUUUUGUUUUUCGUUACGAAGUGAUGUUGAGCAUAUGAUAUAUUAUUCUACAUUGUUACCAGACAAGUUGAUAAGUGAAUAAGGAUAAGCAAGUAAGGAAAUAUUUAGAUUAAGGUGGUACCACCGAUGAACGAAAUGGGAAAGAACUUAUCGAAGGAAGCCAUGAAUCGCUAAAAGCGUGUGAAAAAAAAAAGAAAAUCGAAGCAACCACAAGCAAGAGAAGUGCCCGCCGAAGGCUUCCAAGUUCGAAAAGUGAAAGCAAUCGCACGCAGUAGGCCGUGCCAUUCUCGAGUGUGAUUUUAUUUCACGAGUUAUCACGCUCUCUCUAACUCUCUCUGUCGAAUCCUGAUCGACACAGAGCCGCUCUCGUGAAACAUUCGGAUCCAUUCGGCUGUCUAGGGUUACCCUAAAAUCAGGACGACUGCUAUCUAAGGACCACCCUUAACCGUUUCGCUGUUCGGCGUGUAAAAUCCUCUCAUCCCCCCACACACUUUUCACACUCGCAAAACAACCCCCCUCACCCCCUCUCAUCUCACCCAUCCUAACCAACUGCGGCAAAAAUGGGUGACGACAGGAAUAACAAGAAGAUUCUGCAAAAUAUAAAAAUGCCAGAGCAGAGCAACGACUACCGAGUGGUGGUGUUUGGCGCUGGAGGUGUCGGGAAAAGUUCGCUGGUUCUCCGGUUCAUCAAGGGAACAUUCCGGGAAAGCUACAUCCCAACCAUCGAGGACACCUACAGACAGGUGAUUAGCUGCAACAAGAACAUAUGCACACUGCAAAUCACCGACACCACCGGGUCGCAUCAAUUCCCGGCCAUGCAACGACUUUCCAUCACCAAAGGACAUGCCUUCAUUCUCGUUUACUCGGUGUGCUCCAAGCAGAGCCUGGAGGAGCUCAAACCCAUCUGGAGUUUGGUCCGGGAGCUGAAGGGCGAGGAGAUAUCGCAGAUUCCGGUGAUGCUGGUGGGAAACAAGUGCGACGAGCCGGAGGAUCUGCGAGAGGUAACAAACAUCGAAGGCCAAACGGAAGCGGCCACCUGGGGUAUUUCCUUCAUGGAGACCUCCGCCAAGGAGAACCACAACGUUACCGAGCUGUUUCAGGAACUGCUGAACAUGGAGAAGAACCGGAACGUAUCGCUGCAGCUGGACGGUAAAAACAAGAAGAAAAACAAAAAGAAAAUGAUGAAGGAGCAAGCGAAAGAGGAGAAGCUACUCAAGGAAAAGAAGGAGAAGGCGAAACAGCAAGCCAAGGAGAAGGAAAAAUCUCAAAAGGAGAAGGAAAAGAAGAAGGAAGAGCCCAAAGACAAAGCGAACGGAACCAAGACCAAAGAGGGGGCUGCUGCGGGCGGAGGAGCCGAAGGCGAGGGAAGCGGUACUCUCAAGGAAAAAUGCAAAGUGAUGUAAAUGUAAGGAACGUUGAAUUAGCACAGUCUCGCCAAUCGCCGAAAGGCAAGACGAAAAACGAAGAAACAAAAAACAAGCAACAAGAACAACAAAAUCGAAUAAAAGUAAAAACUAAAGCAAGAAAAGAAUAUAAACAAGUGAACGGGAAAAGCGACACACACAUUAUCAGGUUUUAAAUCGAUUUUAGACGCUAAAGAACACUUAAUUGAUUAAAAACAAAAACGACGAAGCGGAAGAUGAUCAAGAGACAAAAGAACAAAAAUGAUAUUAUACAACCAUAAUUAUAUUUAUAUAUACUAAAAA